AUGGACACUUACGAUAAAAUUAUAAUGACUGGUGAUUUCAACUUCCCGCGAAUCUCGUGGUCUGAAAGCAUGGUUAUCCCAACCGGUGAAUCCGAGAGAUUUUUCUACAACACCUUAUCUGACCAUUACUUAAGUCAAUUGAUCUUCGCUCCAACAAGAGAAACUAACGUUCUUGAUCUUAUCAUGACAAACAUUCCAGACAACGUUAACAACAUUGAAGUAAUUGAUCCAACCAAUUUCAAUUUGUUUUCCGACCACAAGUGCAUACUCUUUGAGUUUCAAAGUACAGCAACACCUUCCCACAAGCUCAAAAGAUCGGUUUACGAUUACAACCGUGCGGAUUUUGAAAAAAUGAACCGUACUUUUGAACCGAUUGAAUUUGAAUUUAGCGAUCCCACAUCGAUGUCCGACAUUAACGAGAACUGGAAUUUAUGGAGAGACACUUUCCUUGCUGUAGCUGACGAAUGUAUUCCAACAAAGAUUGUAAAAGGAAGGUACAAUCCACCAUGGUUGACCGGUGAGAUAAAAUCUUUGAUCAAAAAGAAAGAAACACUACGGCGAAAAAUCCGUCGCGGAACAAAUUCUGCUGCACUUGUACAAAAAUACAAGAAUCUCCGCCGUACAUCUAAGAGAUUAAUCAAAGAAAGUCGGGAAAAGUUCUUUGGUUCCCUAAGCGAAGCUCUACCAUCCAAUCCGAAACUGUUCUGGUCAUUUUUUAAAACAACCACUAAAUCCAGCCGUAUUCCACAGCAAGUUUCCGUCGCGACAGGCAACGAAGACUCCCCACGCUUAGAUUCCACUAGUCAAAAACAAGCUGCAGAAAUGUUCAAUGACUACUUCCACUCAGUAUUUCUAACAGAAGGUGAUGAUAUUUCAAUCCCCACUACACCUGUAUGUGAAGAGACCAUUUCUGACAUUAUUUUAGACCCAAGUGAAGUAUAUGACGUUCUUCAUUGCCUCGAUCCUAGUAAAGCAUCUGGUCCAGAUAAUAUACCAAUCCGCUUACUAAAAGAAUGUGCGCACUCCAUCACACCAUCAUUAACAUGUCUCUUCAACAAAUCCUUAAAGCAUGCCUCCCUACCAUCAGAAUGGAAACUGUCCAACAUCAUCCCGCUUCAUAAAAAAGGAAUCAAGAGUUUUGUUGAGAAUUACAGACCAAUUUCCCUCAUGUGCGUUGUUGCGAAAGUUUUAGAACGUUGUGUUUACAACCGUCUGAUUGGUCAUAUAGAGAACAUGAUAUCCGUCGCACAGCAUGGUUUUCUGAGAGGAAAGUCUUGCACAGGUCAGCUCAUUUCCGUUCUUCACCGCAUCAGCCAAAACCUGGAUUCAGGGAAACAAACAGAUAUCUUGUAUUUCGAUGUUGCUAAAGCGUUUGACACGGUGAAUCAUAGCCUUCUUUUAAAGAAACUCCAACGAUUUGGACUUAGGGACAAUAUUUUAACGUGGUUUAAAAGUUAUUUAUCCGGACGACAACAGCGUGUACUAGUCAAUGGUGAGAUUUCAGAGACACGUCCAGUUUCCUCCGGCGUUCCGCAAGGAUCAAUACUCGGACCACUCCUGUUUCUCAUCUACAUAAACGACCUUCCCGAAUCAAUAACCUCAUCCGCUGUUGACGUUUCCUUGUUUGCCGACGACACAAAAUGCAUCUCAGUUAUUGAAUCACCGGUUGACGCCUGUGUCCUUCAAGCUGAAGCGAGAAACGUGGAGAAAUGGGCUGAGUUUUGGAGGCUCAAAUUCAACGCCGAAAAAUGCAAAGUUCUGAGCGUUACGAGAAAACGUCAUCCUCUUGUUGCUGAAUACAUUGUCAACGGUAAAACUUUGCAGCAUGUUUCCUCCCAGAAAGACCUCGGAGUGACGGUUUGUUCAGAUCUCAGAUGGAACACUCAUAUUUACGAGCAAGUUACGAAAGCCAACCGCCUACUUGGUAUGCUCAAACGUUCGACUAUCAAAGUUAA